GGAUCGUGCACAGUUUCUCGUACAUGCGAACGCGCCCUGAGGGAUCGUCGCAGGAAGGGUUGAGCGAGUGAAGAUUGAAAGGAUCGAAAGACGGACCGCAAGAGUGUGGGUAAAAUAAAUUGACAGCGGAUAUAAAUUGAAUCCUACUCCUAGUUAUCGAAAAAGAUAGUUCUUCGCGGUCCGUAAGAAAGCGGAGUUCGAGUAUCGCACGUCCAGGUCCAGCUGUUAUGGACAUGGUGAUCACGAAUUUACAACAGCAACGUCAAGUGACGGAGCAGCUGCGCCGUGAAGCCGCUCUGAAGCGAAUCACGGUGAGCAAGGCUGUUGAAGAAAUCAUGAAAUACAUCACUGAACAUGAGCAGGAAGACUGUCUGCUGGUGGGCUUCUCGUCACAAAAGUCUAAUCCCUUUCGUGAAAAAAGCACCUGUAUCAUACUUUAAGCCAGCUUGCUUAAAGUGAAGAAGGAUGACAGAAGAGGAACAAACUACCAUAUCAAUUUUUGCAUCCUUGCUACAGUGUGUCGGUUCGUUUCGGCAAUAAGCGUAUUUGUACUCAUAAGAUCUAAGAACUUCCUAUUUAAAUUAUUUUCUAAUAUAUGUAUUUAUAUAAUGUUGAAAAAUCGAAUUUUCUACUUUAAUAUUUGCUGUUGAAAAUGCAUAUUUUGCCAAAGUUUAUAAGAUUCUCAAAACAGUUGUACAAUCUUGUGCGAGUUACACAAGAAUUUGUACGUGCCUUAUAUUUCUGCAACCUGAUCAGAAUUACUGCAGUUGUGGUCCAUAUAUUCACAAUAGUACAAUGUAUUUUUAUAUACAUAUACGAAAGAAGAUACCGUUAUACAUUCAUAUGCAUUUAAAUCAUUGGAAUAUUACUGCUCAGUGCCAAAAAUAAUUUUAUCUUUCUGUAUCUAGACUACUAUUAUCGUAAUAAAAUGUGUUAAAAAUAAUAUUUUGACAAUAGUUUAAUACAACACAGAAGAUUGAAUAUUAUCAGAUAAAACUGACAUCAAUCUCUUUUUAAUCUGCUUCACAAUGUAGAUUGAUGGAGAUUGUGCAAAUCAGUUUCUUUAAUGCUUUUAUCAAGUACCUACAUCCAAGUUCAAGUCUGAUAGCAAUAAUGAAAUAAUAUAUAUUUAAUACAAUAUCCAAUCAUCUUAUUUUUAAAAAAAGAGCAAGAUUUCAAUACUCACAAUAUCACUGGUAUAGGGGCAUUUUUAUUAUAAAUAAAAUAUAGCGUUUAAAAACAACA